AUGAUUGAUCAUUUCGAAGCUACACCUCUUGCUGUUGAUGGUAUGGUUAAGUAUCAUGCUGUCAGAAAGCCAGGAACAGAAUCCGAUGCUCACGGCGAUUUAGUCGAACUUUUCAACAUUCUCAAAAACCAUACAGACCCUGAAAUGAAGCAGAUUAACAUUUCAAGAUCUAAAUUGAAUGUUAUUCGUGGUAUCCAUGUUGCGCCAUAUCAUAAAAUUGCAUUUUGCCCAUAUGGUAAGAUGUUCGAUGUUUGUGUCGACAUGCGUCCAAAUUCACCAACAUUCAUGAAGUGGGAUGGCUGCUGGCUUGAUAAGGAUACACAUGUUCUCGUCCCACCUUACUGCGCUCACGGCGUCUUCGCAGCUGAAGAUGAUUCCGUUCUUUGCUACUACCAGGGUGGCUGCUUCUUCCCACACCUCGAUUUCGCCAUUAACCCAAUGGAUCCACAGAUCGGAAUCAAGUGGCCAACACCAGUUAACUCAGAUAAGUACGUAUUAUCCGAAAAAGAUACAAAUUCAUCACCAGUUACUCCAGAGCUUGUUGAGACACUCAGAUUCAGAAUCGAACACCCAAUCGAGGACAGACUUACAAAUACAAACUCAGAUUUCGUAUUAAUCUGCAACUCCUCAUACAUCGCUCUCCCAAUCCUCAAAGUCCUUGAAGACCAGAAGCUCAAAGCCCACCUUCUUACAAUGACUUCCUUCAACCGCGAAACAUUAAAUGCUCGUAUUGUCUCUCUUAGACCAAAGUAUUCCGUAAUUUACGUUCUCGAUACACAUGGCAAGAACACUGCCGACAUUUUCACCGAGGUAAUGAACGCUACUUUCGUUUGUCAUAAUCUCGGAUCACAUAUUACAUUCAUUCUCGACGAAGAAGACUUCCCAGCAGCCGAGGAACUCCGCCAGAUCUUCCACGAGGACUGUGGCGAGUUCUCUCUCAUUGUUACCUGCAAGAAUCUUCUUUCUCGCGAGAUGACCAAGCAACAAGUCGCAAACGCCCUCAAGCAUCAUGAGAAGGACCUUACAACAAUUACAGACUUCGACAAUCUCGCUGAAUGGGUCAUCGAGCAAGGAAAGCAGAAGAAAGCUGGAUUUUUCACAAUCGCUAACCAAGGAAAGCUCGAUAUCGAGAAAGUUAAGAAGUUCUGCUCUGAAAAUGGUGUCCAGAUUAACCCAGGACAGGGUGAAGAUUUCAAAACUCAAUCUGAAACAAAAGAUGCAAACGCAGCUUUCGAUGAGCUCGUUUCAGCACUUAAGCAAUAA